GUGCUCUCUCUCUCUCUCUCGCUUUGCUCGACAGUGGUAGUCUGGCUGCCAGGCGUGUGGGAAAUUUUUGGGUUGACGCUGAAGCAUCCACUUUAGCUCACGAUGAGCAAGUACCGGUAUCUCUUGGCGCUGCUGUCGAUCCUGGGCGUAGUGCAUUUAGGCAAAGGAUUCAAGAUGAACCCGAAGCCGCCCCAGCUCCCCCCUCUCAAGGACCAGCAAGUCCUGGUUACUGGCGCCGCGGGAAAUGUUGGCCAGCUGGUGUGUCUAAGGCUGUCGAAGCAAGGGUACAAGGUUCGGGCGAUGGUGCGGGAACUCGAUGGGUUUUACCCUCGAAAGGAGGAGAUGGGCAAUGGACCGAUCGAGGUGGUGCUUGGGGAUGUGUUGGACAAGGCGAGCUUGGAGGCUCACAUGGCGGGCUGCUCGUCAUGCAUUGCUUGCCAUGGAGCUUCGCGCGCCUCUGCGCUGUCGGACUGGUGGACAAGACUGAAAAACGCCGAGAAGGGACACCCGUACAACGUGAACUACAUCGGGACGAUGAACAUGCUGGACGCGGCGCAAAGGGCGGGGGUGAAGAGAUUCGUGCGCCUCACGGGCCUCUCCGUCGGCCUCUCGGCCUUCAACCCGUUCACCUACCUCCUCAACUUGAUGAUCUCCAUGUCCAUCAAGUGGCAGUACAUGAGCGAACGGGCCAUCCGUGAGGCGGCAGAGAGGUCGGGGCUAGACUACACCGUGGUACGGCCAGGGGCUCUUACCCACGAGAAGCGACCGAAGGACGCGUGCCUGAUGCUCGAGUGCGACGGAAAGCCUACGAGCAUGUGGAAGUCUCAGCCGAUGUACAAGAUUGGUCGGCAAGACGUGGCCAACCUCCUGGUGGCGGCUAUGGCGCACAAGAGAGGGGCCAAAUCUACGCUUUCCUGCUCCUGGGGGAAGGACAAGAAAAGGGAAGGUCCAAGAAGCUGGAAGAAGUUGUUGGCCGCCGUCAACGCGGACACGUCGCCGCUCCCGCGACGAUUCUACCGACCGGCCAUGAUCGCCAUGGGGACAUUGAACUUGAUAGUCGGAGGUGCUGUUGGAGGCAAGUUUCUCACCAUUUUGGGGUGAGAUACAAGAUAACACCGUCUGCUCGGCGGCGUCGCCCGAAGGCUAGACGCAGAUAAGGAGACGAGUCCUUGCCCGCUCCUUGUGUCGGUGGCAGCAGGAGGAAAGCUCUGUAGAGGAUGCAGCGCUGGACGUUGUGUCGGCGGCGGUGCGGGUAUGUUUUCCCACCUCUCGCAUGUAGGUUAGGCCGCCUCUCGUGUACGGUAGCGGCGCUCUUGUGUGUUUGUGUCGUGGUACUUGUUGGUCAGAGCUGCGCGUAAUGGUACAGAAAUUGUUGACGGGCACACACAGGUGUGGAGAGGUGGCGCACAGCAGAUAUGUGUGUGCCGGGAAAGAGCCUUUCGUUUGUCGUGCUUCAGGACAAAUAAAAGCCGAUGUAACCGUCUGCUUGUAGCAAAGUGUCAAUUUUUUAGCAUUUCAAGCGCGUGAUUUGGUGCUCGCCCUGAGCCGGGGGCGCUACACGCCUGCACACACACCUUUCUUGGCAGUUGCGGCCCCACGUCGAACCGUGGCAUCUCGAUAAAAGUUGGACACACACACGUACGUGGGGCAUGUUCUUGGCGAAGUGAGCGCUGGGUGCUGCUUCU